AUGCGGUGCGGAGGGACGCCGCCGCCCCCCAGGCAGAGGAGCCGAGCCCGAGGAGGAGGAGGCUGCCGGCGUGUCGCAGCACCAGACAAGAGGUUGAGGACAAGAUGAUCGCUGAAACUGAACAUAUGAUGUCAGAACGUGUUAAUGACAGCCCAGAGCAGAGACACCAGAUGUCGCCACCAACUUUGGGCUAUUUCAGUGUGGGCCCUUUGCUGCAGACACCCUCUGCGGAUGACCUGGGCAUGGCCUGUUCCAUGGUGCAAACUCAGACUCUGAGCAGUGUGGAGAGUCCCCUAGCUCAGAGCCACCUCUUGAGAAGCUUGGAGCAGAGCUCUACAGUACAAACACAGACCCUGCGAAAUCUCGAGAAGCACCUCAAUGACUUGAAGAAGGAGAAUUUCAGCCUCAAGCUGCGCAUCUAUUUCUUGGAGGAGCGCAUGCAACAGAAGUAUGAAGCCACUCGCGAUGACGUCUACAGACGGAACAUUGAGCUGAAGGUGGAAGUCGAGAGCCUGAAAAAAGAACUCCAAGAGAAGCAGCAGAACUUGGAUAAAGCUUGGGAAGCAGCAGAGAACCUGAGUGGUCAGAAUGAAGCGGACAUCUGUCACCUGCAAGAGAGCGAACGGGCUUAUGAGAACCUGGAGAAGAAAAUCCACCUGCUGCGAGAGGAGGCCCGGUCAGCAAGAACUGAAGCAGAGCAGAUGGCAGUUCUGGCGGAGGCUGAGAAGGAACACUGUUUAGAACUCACCAAGCAGCUGACUGAGUAUUCCAAGAAGCAGGAUGAGACCAGGGAAAGCCAGGCUCUUUUGGAUACCUACAAUGUCACCUUGUCGGAGAAAGACAAGAGAAUUGAGGAGCUGACCUGGCAACUGAGUGACAAAGAGAAACUCCUCACACUGCUGUCCAAAGAGAAACAGAACCUGCUGCACCAUUUGGACAAAAUCCCAGAAAUGGAGGUGCAGGUAAUAAUAAUGCAGCUACAUGAUCAACAGCAACUCACAUGGCACGACUCUUCAUUAGGCAAGCAGGCUUUGGAAUUAAAUAAUGCUGAAUUGCUGGAACAAAUCCGCCACUUUGAUGCUAACAAUAAGUUGCUGCAAGAGAAACUGAAUGAGAUGGAUUUUGAAUUGAAGUCUGUCCAGCAAACAUCCCAGAGGCAAGACCACCAAAUCCAGAAUUUGAAUGAGACUCUGAAAAGCAAAGAAACUGAGUCUGAAGAACUGUAUCGCGUGAUUGAAGGGCAGAAUGAGACAAUAACCAAGCUGCAAGAUAUGCUACAUAGAAGCCAGCUUGGACAAUUGCAGGACUCAGAGAGUUCUUCCUCGUCGCAGCAGAAGCAGCAAAUGGCUCUGCUUGAGUUGCAGAACACCCUUUCCGUUGUUCAGCUGGAGCUGCAGCAGAUGAGAAGGGCCAAGCAGCAAAAGGAUCGCCAGCUGGCCGAGGAGAAGCGAGCCACCCAGCUUGUAGAGACAUGGUUGCAAGAGGAGCAGCAGCAGAAAGAAGCGGCGUGGAAGCAAAAUUGGGAGUUGCAGGCUACUCUUCAGCAGCUGCAAACAGAGCUACAGACCAAGAACUGGCAGUGCUGGACUGUGGAGAGGGAGAAAUGCUCAGCGAUCAAGGGGCAAGAGCAGAAAAUCAAGCAGUUGAACUACUGCCUGGCUUACAAAGAACAGCUUGUGCAGGAGUUUAAAGAACUUCUCCAAUAUCAUCAGAACUUGGACAAGAGCCCCCCCUCUGCAGCUGCUGACAUGGUACAGAAAUUGCAACAGCGAGUCAAAGACAGAGAUGUUGCUCUGGAGCAAGCCGUAGAUGAAAAGUUCCGUGUGCUUGAAGAGAAAGAGCAAGAGCUGCAGCAUCUUCACUGGUCUCUGAGGGAACGAGAGCAGGACUUGGAAAGGCUGCGUAGGGCCCUGUCCAGUAAUGAGACCACCAUUCAGGGCCUCGAGAAUAUGCUGAAAACCAAAGGUCUGGAACUGGAGCAGCUGUCGGCAACCUGCCAGAACUUCCAGUGGGUGAAAGAGGAAGUAGAAGCGAAAUUUCAAAGCUGGCAGGUGGAGCAAGAGGGGAUCAUCCAGCAGCUGCAGACCGCUCUGCAUGACAGGAACAAAGAAGUGGAGGCGCUCUCCGCAGCUCUGCAACGCAAGAUGGGGCCUGGGCAGAGGGAUAUCGUAGAAGAGCUCUGCUUCCGUCUCCAGCAGAAGGAGCGGAUGAUCCAGGAACGCCUCAACGAUGUGAACCGACACACUGAGGAGCAGAAGGCUGCGAUCCAGAGCUUGCUUCAAACCAUGAGCACCAAGGUGCAACGAAGCCAGGCAUUGAUGCGAGGAAGAUCUGGUGACAACAUCACUAUUACAAUCCCUAAGGGAGAAAACAGCAUGUCCAAAAAGGAUGAUGGUGCAUCGGAGUCGACAGCUGGUCUGGAGAAGGAACUCUCCAGCAUGAAAGAAGAGCUUGAUCUGUUGGCACGAAAGGAAAGAGAGAGCCGACUGGAACUCUCCGCUCUUCAGUCUGUGGUGGUUUCCCAAGAGCACGAACUGCAGGUUCAAGCCUCCGAUGUCGAAUCUCUCACACGGAGCAUCCAGAUCAAAGAGGAACUUAUCAAGGACCUGCAGAUGCAGCUGGUCGAUCCAGAAGAAAUGCCGGCUGUGGAGAGGCUGACCCAGGAAGUUCUGAUGCUUCGCGAAAAAGUCGUUUCAAGAGUGAAUCGCAAGGUGUCAGGAAGCCGCGGGAAACAGGAACUGUUGCUGGUAUUGGAGGAGCUGGCAGCAGAGAAGAAUCAUCUGAAUGAAUCCCUGCAAACAGAAAAGCAGCUCUACAGCACUUUGGUGAAAUUCCAUGCUCAUCCCAACAGCACAGAGCAAGAAACAGGCACGCUGUAUGCUGAACUGGACGGGGCCCGGGCACUCCACAAAAGGCUAGAAGAGGCUCUUGGGAGAACCUUGGAGCGCUUGCUCAGGCUGGACUCGCUGGACACAAACGGAGGUGGGAAACAUCAUCGUGUGACAGUCCUGCCCAAGCAUGCCUUCUGAAUUCUGCCUUCACGCUGCUGCAGAAUAGAAGCUGAUCACUAACAGAGCGCGGCCUGUCUCGAAAUUGGGAGGGCUGGUUAGUUCCCUACUAGUAGUCCGGUGGCAUUGACUGGAAAUGGCUGCCUGUGUGCCGCCAUUCACGUUCCUGGCGCGAUCCUGCCGUGUCAGGGAGGUUUGGAAAGUAGAUUUCCGUCAUCUAAAUCAUUCCCUCUUCAGUUGCUUCCCCAUCCCCCACUUUCUUUCUCCUUCCCUCCUGUUUGGCUAAAUAAAGUUUAUUCCCCACCUCCAA